AUUCCAUUUCAGGGUACAAAUCUGACAAACCGCCAACAUUCGAUGACAAAAUAAUGCGAGUGUAAUGCAACAAUAACGCGUUUCGUGUUGCAUGUACAUGCUAACAUUGUUCUGAUAAUAUUAUUAAUUAUGCAAAUUAUAGCACUUGUGUUGCAGCGUAUGAACAUUUCUUUCUCGGGGGCACAUUUUGCUCAUCUCAUUCAAACGCAGUUUAAAAUGGUUUAUGUUACCGAAACACCAGACUGGAUACAAUAACUGUCCAGUUAUAAAACUUUAAGUAUAAUAAUUGUAGUAUCUCCGCAACAUCUGUAAUUAUGCAUUUAGGAUGUAUAUGAAAUUAGUCAGAUUUGAUCAUUGCUGUAUCACAAUAAACAAAUACAAAUAAAUGUCACAUAAAAGAGUUGUGUUGGGGGAGGGUGGCAUCAACAUAAGAAGAAAUCGUAACGUUCUGCUAAUUUCCCGAUUAUAUUUUGUCAGAAAACAGGCAGUGAAACCAUGAUGGCACCCGCCCUGUCUAGAGACCGGUCAGAAAACAGGAGCAAAAGGGCUUCUCAACACAGGAAGGAGAAGAAGAGGAAAAGCAGAAGCCGCAGCAAUGACCGCAGCCCUUCUCCAUCCAGAAAGCGAGUAGCUGGGUCUCGGAAGCACAGGCGGAGCUCCUCCUCAAAAUCUGAAGAGAAGAAAAAGGAAAAGAAAAAAGUAAAGCGAAAGUGCACUAGCUCGUCGUCUUCUGCAAGUGCAGACUCCUCAAUAUCUUCCUCUUCCCAUUCCUCAAGUGACACUGACACAGAUUCAAAGAAGAGAAAACACAGUAAGAAGAAAAAACAUAAGGGCAAAGGUGAAAAACGAAAAAAGAAAUCUAAAAAAAUAGAAAAGAAGCUCAUGGGAGUAAAAAGGAAAAGGAAGCAGAAGGAAACCGAUGAAGAAAUGAAUGCGGAGUCCAGGGAAGAGGCGGGGCCAUCUUUAGAGCUGUGGCAGGGCAAAAGGAAACAGAAGGAAACCAGUGAAGAAAUGAAGGUGGAGUCCAGGGAAGAGGCGGGGCCGUCUUUAGAGCUGUGGCAGGGCGAGUUAUCGUCAGUGAAUGCAGCACAAGUUCUAACAGAUGAGCAGAAGUCUCGGAUCCAGGCCAUGAAGCCCAUGACAAAAGAAGAAUGGGAAGCAAAACAAAGUGUCAUCAGGAGAGUUGUGGAUCCAGAAACAGGAAGGACGAGGCUUGUAAAGGGCGAUGGUGAAAUUCUUGAGGAAAUUGUCAGCAAAGAGAGACACAGAGAAAUAAACAAGCAAGCAACUUUGGGAGAUGGGCUUUCCUUCCAGGCAAGACUUGGCCUUCAUUAAGGGCACUGUGGGUGACUCUGCAUUCCUGAGUAUAAUAUGGGGAGACUGGAUUUCUUCUUACUUUGUUGACAUGAGUUGUAUAUACUCACAACCUAGCAACAUCAGUUGCCUGCAUUUUUGUCUGCUGUGUUAGAAGACCGAAGAGUACUGUAAAUUGUUCUGACUUGCAUUUUAAGCCAUAUCUGUGCGUUGCACUUAAAGUGAAAAUUUGAUCUGUAACAUAGUAAACAUCUUUGUUUUAUGCGAAAA